AGCCGCUAACAGCUAUACAGCAACAAAUUAUUAGGGUGGCCCUGCCGCUUUUACCCACCGCUUUCGUUUACCCCCAAUAUUUUUCAUGGCUGGCAUUGGAAAUCCAACACCACUCUGUUCAAGCAAAUUGAAAUUUCAGAAGAAGCAGAAUGGAAAUAGAAGGGUCAAAUUAGAACGUGAAAUCCACACAACUGCAUGGCAUUUCCAACCUAUUGCUGUUUCAUACCCUUCACGCGCCUAGGCGGUGGUCAACCACAGAAGGAUCUAUUCUGCAAUGCUGCAGAGGGUGAAAUGGGAGGAACUUCACCAUGUGCUUCGUGCAAGUUGUUGAGGCGCCGCUGCGCUAAGGACUGCAUCUUUGCCCCUUACUUUCCUUCCGAUGACCCUCAUAAGUUUGCCAUUGUUCACAAGGUCUUUGGUGCUAGCAAUGUCAGCAAAAUGUUGCAGGAGCUUCCGCUUCAUCAGAGAGGAGAUGCUGUGAGCAGCUUGGUGUAUGAAGCAAAUGCAAGAGUGAGAGACCCGGUUUACGGCUGUGUCGGUGCUAUAUCUUUCCUGCAGAAUCAAGUUUCGAAUCUGCAAAUGCAGCUCGCGGUGGCUCAGGCUGAAAUACUCUGCAUCCAGAUGCAACAAGAGCCAGUUGCAGCGACCUUACCCGCAUCGCAGAUGCUAGAUCAUCACCAAUAUCAAGAUCACGAUCAGAAAUCCCUUCUCUUGUCCAAUAGUCACGACUUCAACAACAUUCCACAGUACCUCAGCAGCUUUGCUUCUUCCAGCAAUGUAAUCCAAGACCCUCUUAAGAGAGAGUCUCUAUGGACUUGAACAUUUUGCUUAUGAUUUCGAAUCGAUCGAGCUUUGUCAAUCCAUCAUCGUUAAUUUCAAUACUAGUUUCUUUUAAUCUCUGUGUGCGAUCCGCAUGUGCAAGAACAAGGCAUGUGUUUCAAUUUUUGUGCGUGUGAGAAAAAGAGAAAGGGGAUGAUGAUCUGGAAUUCUGGGUCAACCCCUGCAUGUGGGAGAUGGAGUAAAGUAGGGUUUACAAAGCUUCCUUUUUCUUACUAUAGACGUCAGCUUGUAAAGUAGUCCCUCUUUGACUAGUAUUUUCAUUUCAAUUUUUCUUUCAUUUUCGUUUA